GAAGUUGCAGCUUGCACGGCUCGGUUGCCGCCUCCGCCCCCCGCGCCUCAACCAAGCAGGGCGGCUCUCAAAGGCAAUGUCAGACUCCAGCCGCGCACUUCGACUGCCCUAGACCGAGGUUGGGCGCUGCGAUUGAGACUGCUUGUGGGCUGCAUUUGCUGGACGCGCUGGGAGGCGGCGAUCGCAGCUGGGCCGGGACUUCCUUCCUCCACCACAGGACAACAAAACAACCCGGCAGCAGGCACUGAGCUCUUGGCAGCUGUCUGGGUGAGACGCGCAGCGAUGGGCUCCGUGCUGAGCAGCGACAGCGGCAAAUCCCCGCCUGCCUCGGCCACCCCGCGGGCCGUGGAGCGCAGAGGAGCCCCAGAGCUGCCCGUCACGUCCUUCGACUGCUCCGUGUGCCUCGAGGUGUUGCACCAGCCGGUCCGGACCCGCUGUGGCCACGUAUUCUGCCGUUCCUGCAUUGCUACCAGUCUGAAGAACAACAAGUGGACCUGUCCCUACUGCCGGGCAUACCUUCCUUCAGAAGGAGUUCCAGCCACGGAUGUGGCCAAAAGAAUGAAGUCAGAGUACCAGAACUGCACCGAGUGUGACACCCUGGUUUGCCUCAGCGAAAUGCGGGCACACAUAAGAACUUGUCAGAAGUACAUAGAUAAAUACGGACCACUACAAGAACUUGGGGAGACAGCAGCAAGGUGUGUAUGCCCAUUUUGUCAGAAGGAAUUGGAUGAACACAGCUUGCUGGAUCACUGUAUUGCUCAUCACAGAUCAGAAAGGAGACCAGUGUUCUGCCCACUUUGCCGUUUAAUGCCUAAUGAGAAUUCAAACAGCAUCAAUGGCAGUUUAAUAAGACAUUUGCAAGUCAGUCACACUCUGUUUUAUGAUGAUUUCAUAGACUUUAAUAUAAUUGAGGAAGCGCUUAUUCGAAGGGUAUUAGACCGGUCACUUCUGGAAUAUGUGAAUCACUCGAACACCACAUAAUGUUAUUGAAAGGAAAAGGGAGCAAAUCAUACAACCGCACCACUUGUUAAGAUGCUGCUUGAACAGUUGGAGGGAAAUUGUCAAUGUUUGAUGGGAAAAAAUGUACAACAGUUAUGUUUGCCCAUGUUGUUAUUUGCAUUUUAAAACUGCUUUCAUUUUGAUGGUUUAAGUCUGUUUCACAUUCCUGAGUUUCUUAGAUACUUAACCACAAAAAAUAGUCUCCAUCAGCCAUUAAUAUAUAAAAGAACAUAAGGCUGGGAUUUAUGGGUGAAGGAUCUUUAUGGACCCAUUGGAUAACACUGUGUAUAAUAAUGCUGUGUAUUAAUAAAUGCCACCAUGGUUGGGCAAGGUAACUAAUCUUUGUUCUAUGUAAAAAGAUGGAAGUGAAACAAAUUAUGGACAUCCAAGGAAAUAUGAAAUCUGUUUCAAUAUUCAUGUUCUAAUCACUAAUAGAAUAACAUGAAUAACCUUGUAUGGUAGGAAAGGAAAAUUUUGGACAUCAAUGAAGUCCAUUUAACCCAAUUGUAUAACAUAAUGUAACAAAAUUAAUUUUGUGUUAGGAAUGUAUGCUUAGUUCUUUUACUUUUUAUAACUGCACACAUUAAGAAGUUAAUAUUAUAUUUUUCAAAUAUUUGUAGCUUAUUAUUUAGAAAUAUUUCUAUAAUGUAGGCAAUUUCUUAAGAAUCAUCAGCGCAUAUUUACAGUAGAAAUAUUCACUUCCAUAAUUUUUAGUGGAAAACCCAAAGGGCUUUGAUAUUAUUUUUCUUUUACCCUUUAGAAAAAUUAUAAAAUAAAAGAUAAAUACUGACAACCAAACAGGAAAUGUAUAGAUCAUUACAUAGUGAUAGGGAACUCUCACAGAUAGUGAUAGUUCUCUGCCAGCCACCCUGGAUGUCCUCCUGUGACAGUCACAACCCUCUUCACCAGCCCCAUGAAAGAAACCACUACAUCGAUUUCAACAGUUAAUCACUUCUUUGCAUUUCUUUAGUAUUCCGCUACCCGAGUGUGUAUCUCUACACACUAAUUUUUGAUCUUAUCCUCUUAAAAUUGCCAACAGAUAAUAAUAACAUUCCUUUUUAAUUUACAUGUUCCUCCUUCUUUCUUUUUCUUAAAAUUUGCCUGUUGAAGAACCUGGUUUUAUGACUUCCAGAGUUUCCCACAGUCUCUAUUAGUAUUACUGAGAGCAGACUCAUGGCACAACCUAGCAUGUUUCUUUGUCCUCUGCAUAUUGACACAGGGAUCGAGAGGUUUGAAAAGACUUUGGCAAGACUAUAGGUCAUGAUGUGUCCUUUCAUCAGAGGGCAUGUAAAUGUCUGCUUCUCUCUUUUUGUGACAUCAGCAAAAACUGAUACUGCUUACUUUGAUCCAUUGAUUUAUUGUGGGCUGGAGAAUAUUCUGUCAUUUCUUUUGUUUAUUACUUGGAACAUUUUUGUAAAGAGAUGUUUCCCCACAUUUAUGAUUUGGUUAUUCGAUGGCAAUAUUCAUAUAGAAAAGGGAAAACAAAUAUUUGAAUUUUUCCCUUUAUUUACCAAUUUUCAAGAUAAUAAAAUUGCUUCCUAUCAUCUUCUAGUGAUCACUUUUUUUAAAGUAUUGUGAACUAAUUCAUAGGUUAAAACAUUUUAUAGAGUUUAAUUCAUUCAAAAUAUUACCUUAUUAAAGCUCAAAUUGUCACAUCUUUGUCCAUUGGGUGCCUCAUCAAGUUGUCUCUGAGUCCUUUUGACACUAGCAAUCUUUAAUAGCUUCCUUGCUGUCUCAUAUGACAGAAUAUUUCAGGCUCAAAUUGUAUGUUUCUUCCCCCAGACCUGGAAUUGGCCAUUUCACAAAGAAGUCUGGACAUUUUCAAUGAGAAGUGGUAUUUGAAAACUAUAAUUGGGGCUGUUAUGCUUAUUGCAACUAGGUUUGCCAUUGUUUCUGGGAAAAAGCUAGGAAUAUCUUUGUCUUUUAAAGAAAAAUUGCUUCAUGAGUUUAUUUUGAUACUUCCAAAUCAAACUGAGAACUACAGGGUUUUUACCUAUCCUUUCUAUUUCAACUGUCUUCAUUUUUCUGUACUGAGAAUCCUGGUUUUCAAGACACAGGCCACAACAGAAUUAGAAUAUCCUACAGAUACUCGUUUCUUUAUCUACCUUACACACACAACUGUCUCAGAAUAACAGCACUAAUACAACCACCGCCAAUAUUUAAUUAAAACAAACACUUUUUAAUUUGUUCUCCCCAUUCUCUAUUUUUUUAAGUUGUACUAUAUCAAUAUUUUCAGAACAUAUUGGUAUGGUAUAACAUACUAUACUCUCUCUAUCCCCCAUUUAGUCUUAGUUUUUCAAGUAACUAUGUUCAGUGCUUGCUACCAGUCCUUAUUUGAUAGCUCUGUUUUUCAUACCUGACUCUAUAAUGAUGAAUCCAGAAAAAAGAAUAAUGUUUCCAUCUGGAAAUCAAGCCAUUAAAUUAAUUAAAAUGUUAUUUGGCUGCAGUUAGCUUUUAAAUUAUAAUUAUUUAUAAACUUUUUUUGUUUUUUACACGCAGUCAUGGUACCCAAAAUAUCUCUAAUAAACUAUCCAUUACUUCUUAAAAGUCUUAACUUACGAUUUGGUCUUCUACUACAGGGUAAUUAGAAAAACAUAAAGCUGAUGAAGUUUAGAGGGCUCUAUUUCCUCCUAGUUAGAUACUGACUUCACAUCUGUGAACAAGUAACAACAGAUUUUUAGUUUCACAAUCUUCCUCCAAUUUGGAGAGAUUAUCCAAUAAAGCCAAACCUGUUGGACAAGGGCAAAAGGAGAGGAACUUUUCAGAAGUAAUCAUCAGACUGAAAAUCUAGUCCCUGAAAAGUAAAAGAAAUAUACUUCUGAGCAUUAGUACUAACUAUCCAGAAAAUAAAUCUUUGUUAAUUUAGAGCAAUACGAGAGUCCACUUUAAAUCUGUGAAACUUGAAAAAAACUUUAAAACUUUAAAUACCGUAUUUUAAAUAAAGCUUUAAGUCACCUACCACCGUUGACCUCAGUGCAGCAAUUCUGCAUCCUGCCUGGAUUCCUCACUUGAUAAUUUUGCCACCUACAGGAAAAAUUAGGUGCUGGACACCUGGAUUAUUUUGCUUUUCGAAUUAUUUUGAGUUCCAAAAUGGUCAAGUGCAAAUAUUGCUUGUUUUACUGUGCCUUUAACUUCUGAUAAAAAGGAACUUAAAAUUCAUUGUUCAAAAUAUGAAAACCAAUAUAUGAAGCUAUUGACAAUGAAAAAUUUCACUUUGUUAAUAGUGCCUCAAGAUGCAACUUCUUCAAGGCCUUAGAAAGGAAAUCUGAUUCACUCGUUAUUCUUCAAAAGCUAAAUUCUUCUAACCCUACAAAAACUUAUGGAGAUUUUCCUUUCAUAUAUUCUUUCAUCCAAGUUUUUAUAAUGCAGGUUGAAAGCUGGAUUGUGAAUCUGAAUCUAUGGUAAAGAUAGCUCUAGGUCAGAUCUCCUAACAUACUGUGGCUCCAACAAUGUUGCUUCGUUACUUUUACUGGGUGCUAAGUAUCUUUCAUUUUGAGGUGAGCUUACUCCAGUUAUUGAAUGUUUAUUAUAUAAUUUGUAUCUUUAAGCAUUGAAGUUCUUUUAAAGUCAUUGAGAUCAAUUCUUAUGCAACUGCAAAAAGAAAUCUGUAUAAAGAUCAGAAUUUAAAAUGUACAGUUCUUUUUUCUUCUGUAAAUAUGUAUUGUGAGAAAUAAAGAAUGGC